AUGCUUAGGGAAAUACAGAUUGGUGUGCGCAGGCUUGCCGGGGGCAAGAGGAACGGAAAGUUGUCAGGCUACCAGCCGGCCGAACUGGGGGCUGCAGUGUGUGACGCGCUGGUGGAAAGACAGCGGUUGGCAGGCCAAGAGGUGGAAGAUGUAAUUUUUGGCUGCGUGAGCCAAGUGGGAGCUCAGUCCGCCAACUUGGGCCGCAACGUGGUGCUCUCCUCCCGGCUGCUGCCGGAGAGCGUGCCAGGAACGACCGUGGACCGCCAGUGUGGCUCUUCGCAGCAGGCCAUCCACUUCGCGGCGCAGGCGGUCAUGAGCGGCGUCCACGACUGCUGCAUUGCUGGAGGUGCAGAAGCAAUGUCUUUGGUCCCCAUUGGCGCGAGCGUGAUUGAUGGCGUGAAGGCGGGCCACGGGCUCCCCAUGACGGAGGCCAUUGGGGAAAAGUACCAGGAGAAGCUGAAGGCCUUUGAAGAGUUCCAGAUGUCCUCCUCAGCCUUCUCUCAGUUCGGGGGUGCUGAGCUUCUGGCCAAGAAGCACGGCAUCACCCGCGAGGAUACCGACAAGUUUGCCGCCAUCUCGCAGCAGAGGGCGCUGGCCUCUACGCAGGCUGGCAAGUUCAAGGGCGAGAUCGUGCCAGUGCCAGUGAAGCGAAAGGAGGGCCAGUCUGAGGGGAUGCAUACUGAGGAUGAGGGCAUUCGCCCCGGGGUGACGCAGGAAUCAGUGGCGAAGCUGAAGGCCAUGUUCCCCAACGGCGUCUUGACGCCUGCGAGCUCCUCACAGAUUUGCGACGGCGCCGCGGCCGUGCUGAUCUGCAAUGAGCGGGGCCUGCAGAAGCUGGGCCUCAAGCCGAUGGCCAGGAUUCACGCCAUGGCGCUGGCCGCUUCUGACCCUGUGGUGAUGCUCGAAGCGCCAAUCCCAGCUUCGCAGAAGGCUUUAGAGAAGGCGAAUCUCAAGAUCAGUGACAUGGACAUCUACGAGGUCAAUGAAGCCUUUGCCAGCGUGCCCCUGGCGUGGCGCAAGGCGCUGAACGCAGAUUUUGAGAAACUCAACGUGAAUGGCGGCGCCAUGGCUCUUGGUCACCCUCUGGGAGGCACCGGCGCCAAGCUGAUGACCACCUUGCUGCAUGAGCUCCGGCGCCGCAAGGGGCGAUUCGGGUUGCUGGCCAUCUGCGAGGGGGGCGGCACAGCCAAUGCCACCAUCGCCCGGCAUCCUAGGCUCUUCCUCGUCUGCGAGGUGUUCUCCCUCGCAGGCAAGAGCCUGAAGCAGGUGGAGAGCGGAAGGAGUGAAACUACAGCGGCGGAUGGCAAGAGCCAAGACGCCCUGAGUGAAGAGAAGGACAGCGAUGCCCCUUGUACUGGCUCUGACUCCGGCAGCAGUCAGGUGAGAGGGCUUGGAAUUCGAGAUCUGGUGCCCAUCCUGUGCCUCGCUGCCAAGCAGGAUUCCGAGCCCGAGCUGACCCGGGUACUCUGGAAGUUCCAGGCUUGCCUUGGCAGUUUGUCCCGAUGCUCCAACAACGAUCUGGCGAGCAGCCUGUGGGCGGUGAGCUCUGUGAGCUCCGGGGCCUGCUCAGCUAUGGCGCUGCAGAUUGCGGAGGAGUUGUUGUCAUGCGCCCUUGCGCGGAUGCCGCAGCUGCAGCCGCAGCACGUCGUUUCCACAGCUGCGCGCUGCUGCCGCCGGCGCUGGGCGCGGCUGGCGGCGCGCUGCGCGGCGCGGCUGCAGCGGCGCCGGGUGCUGCGGCAGCUGUGGCCCCCGGCGCUGGCGAAGGCGCUCUGGGCGGCCACCCGGUGCCCGGAGGGCGCGGCGGACUUCGCCAGGAACGCGGCGGAGGUCUUUCGGCCGCGGAUCCACAGCUUUGAUGCCUCGGAGGUCUCCUUGAGCCUGUGGUCUCUGGCCAAGAUCUUCACGAAGUUGCCUCCAGCGGUGCUGGACUUCGCCUACGCGGCGCUGGCGCUGGCAAAGACGCAAGUCAGAGAGUUCUCGGCCGAGGCGUUGGCAGACAUCGCUUUUGCCGUGCACUCCAUGAAGCUGAGCGGGGAGGACGGUCAGGCCUUUGUGACGUCCGUCGCCAUCUUUGGCGAGGACCACUUGCACCUCUUCUCGCCGCAGGGCGUCACGAGCCUCUGCAACGCUGUCACCCUGCUGGAUGGUCAUCUCAAGCAGCUCUUCUUGGAGAAAGUAGCGGUGCAUGCGGAGGAACAGUGCUAUGGUUGGCAAGAGCUGGCCCAAGUUCUUUCCGCGAUCGGCCAUGCUGGCACUUCUAGUCCCAAGCUUCUCGACUUUGCCGAAGACAUUACUUUGCGCUCGGCGGCAUGUUCGGUCGAGAUCCCAACACAGACUCUGCUUUCCAUUGGCUUCGCGGUGGCGAAGAUCGGCGUCAAGCCGCAGUCAGCAGGAAAGCUGGCAGCUGCCGCAGGGACUGCCCUUCGUCAGCGUGGCAGGCUCAUGCUGUUCGGCAUUGAUCGGCGCCAGUGGAUGAAGCUUCGCAGCUAUGCGCGAACGGGCUGA